AUGAAUAACGAACAAGAACGGCAAAAUGAACUACCAAAAUUUACCUUACCCCCAAUAUAUAACUUACCGGUCAUUUCUUCAGCAAACCUCUCGAGAAAUAAUACUUCUGAACUGCCUAGAGGUAUUUUUUUGAGCUCUUCAAAAACUUCCCAAGAUCCGCUUUUCCAAACAAAAUUGAAUAUCAGAAACACUUUGACGGCUCAUGAUUCAGAAGGACUUAACCCUCGCACACCUUCGCAACAACCGCAACGUCUUUCUCAUAAUGAUCUUCUUUUGCCUGAACCACAACCAUCGAACGAUCGCACCAAUGUAUCUUUUACAGCAUAUUGGCCGGGAUAUUACGCAGAUUACUCUUUGACUUCUCAUAGUAAAGAUUACAAUAACGUAAAUAUGUCGCAAGCCGUUGAUUCGGUAUGGUUCGGAAGCGGAGAGUUUCACUAUUCUGGUCGUCAGGAUGUAACAACAGUGUCACCUAGUAGAAUUCUAAAUACGCAACUACCUUCGUUAGGUACGCUGGUCCAUAAGCCAUUACAUGAAAUCUCUGAAAAUCAACAAUUGGGAUUAAAUAGUAUUCGGAAGUUGUCGCAGCAACAGUGCAUUAGUGAGUCGAAAAAAGAUAGGAUAAUAUCAACAUGUCAAAAAGAUGCAAAUGAUGAUAAGGAGAAUAUGGAUCCAGGAAAAUUUGAGCACGAUAUGAGAGACAGUAAUAGUCUAGAAUACUUACAUUUGAAAAUCCAUUCUGAAAGUGAGAUUGAUAAAAAAAAAAGUCGUUCAAAUUGGAAAAAGAAUGAGACAAGAUCAUUGAUUGCAGCAGUAAAACCUAGAUGGAAGAAUUUAUUGCUGGCCCAACGCAAUUCCGAAAAGUCUCGAAUUUGGUCCGAGAUGUUUUCUGAUCACUGCGAGAGGUUCUCAGGAAGAACCCUAAAAGCCUUUAAAUUAAGGUGGGCCAGAUUAGUAUCCGACUUUAACUCGGUUGAGAAUAGUUUGCUGGCAGGCACAGAACCUAUCGACUUUGAUUAUUAUUAUGAAAUAAGGGAAAUACUCAACGACGAAGCAAACGAGACGUCAUUCGAAAAGGUAUCGGCGCUCGAUAAUGUAAACGGAGAGCGUGAUUUAGAAGGUCCAAUUGAAAUAUUUAAUGAAACACAAAAGAGAAUCUCGAAAAAACGUGAUAAGAAGCAAAUCUCCUACGCACUUUCUCCAUGUUGUUCUUCAUCAAACUCAAUUAACAUCGAUGAAAACGAGAAACCAUCAUUUUCGCAGACAGUAGAGAAAGCCAAACUCAUUGCAGGAGAAAGAAUCGUUGAAAAUAUUCUUCAAAAAAUUCAAGAAAAUAAGCAAGACUACGAAAAGUUAAUAGG